AUGAUAAAAUUUUCGUUCGUUAUUCUUUUGGCCACCAUAUUAACGGUUUUGGUUGCUGGUCUGCGAAUCAAAAUCCAAGAUUCCAUUGACUUGACCUAUAAUUCCGAGUUCCAGCCUUCCAACUUGCAAAAUGAGGAGAAAAGAUUGAUUCAAACAAGUCCAUUCAAGUCAGAAUGGAUGACAGAAGAACAAGUUUGGGGCUUAAUUAGAAACAAAAUAAAAUUCAUGGACAUAACAGACUACAGUUCUUUGGGAACACAUUAUAAGGCUUAUAAAAAACGAGGCAGGUUUCGCUCAUUCCCCGUUAAUCCUGCCUUUGAAGAUGAAGUUGUGCCUUUAAUAUAUAAUCUUUCCACCAAGUACAUGCGAAAAAACCUUGAGAAAUUUACUUCAUUCCGCAAUCGAUAUUAUCGCUCUAAAUAUGGAGCAGAAUCCUCUCAAUGGUUAUAUGACCAGGUUGUCAACAUUGUUAAAAAUGCGAAUUAUUCGGAUCCAAUUUUAUCAGCUAAGCAAUUUACGCAUAAAUGGGAUCAAAAAUCGAUCAUUGCAAGAUUUCAAGGUUCCGACGAUGACAAGGAAAAUGAAGUGGUCAUUGUUGGUGCGCAUCAGGAUUCGAUUAAUAUGUGGAUGCCUAGUUUUGGCCGAGCUCCUGGAGCUGAUGAUGAUGGAAGUGGUACUGUUACAAUUUUGGAAGCAUUUCGUGUGCUAGCUGAGGGGCAAUUUAGGCCUAGACGUUCUGUCGAAUUCCAUUGGUAUUCAGCUGAAGAAGGUGGUCUUCUAGGAUCUCAAGCAAUUGCUUCGCAUUAUGAACAAUUAGAAGUAGACGUAAUUGCUAUGUUGCAGGUUACGUGGUUCAUCAAGAAACUGAUUAAAUCAUAUGCGAAAUUGCCUGCAAGAGAUACAAAAUGCGGCUACGCUUGUUCUGAUCAUGCUUCGUGGAGAAAGGCCGGUUACCCCUCCGCUUUUGCUAUUGAAGGCGCAUUUGAUGACUCUAACCCAUACAUCCACACUUCUAACGAUGUCGUGGAUAAUCUUAGCUUUGACCAUAUGCUUGAAUUUGCAAAGCUCUCUGUGAGUUUUGCCGUUGAGCUAAGUCACAUUUAA